GGGGCGGAUGUCCGAUGAAAGGCGGCAUAAAAACCUUGAGGAAACCCAUUCGCGACAAAGGGCUGAGCUCCGGCGGGGCGCGCGACCGGACCUCCGCCAGCCCGGCUUCGCAGAGGUGCCCCUGGUGCUCCUGCCUCAUGCAUCUCUGGUCAAGGCAAAGAUGUGGAUGUGACUUCAUAUCUAAAACUACAGUGGACACAACAGCUAAAUUAUGUUCAGUAUGCUUUAUCUAAUCCAGUAUGGUCUACCCUGACUGGCAGCAGCCUUUCAGAAUCUCAGGCAAAGAUCUUUCCCAACCUACAGCUGGAAACGUCAAAAAAUUGAGUCUGGGACCUUCUGGAUACCGUGCAUUUUGGAACUGGGGCUGCAGUGGAGAAUUGCGGAGACGGGGAUGGAGGAGAGGGAGGGUUUUUCGCCUCUUGAUGAACUGGCUGAAUAUGAUCCCAUCAGGGAAACGGGCAGAAGGGGCAGCACUCAAACAGCGGAAGGAAGCCGAGGGGCCAUGCAGCUGAAAAAAGAAAUCUCUCUCGUUAAUGGGAUCUGCUUAAUCGUAGGGAACAUGAUUGGCUCGGGCAUCUUUGUGUCCCCCAAAGGGGUGCUUAACUACAGUACCUCCUAUGGAUUGUCGCUCGUGAUUUGGGCGAUUGGGGGGCUUUUUUCCGUGAUUGGAGCUCUCUGCUAUGCUGAACUCGGAACCACGAUCACCAAGUCGGGUGCCAGCUAUGCGUACAUCUUGGAGGCCUUUGGGAGCUUCAUUGCCUUUAUACGCCUGUGGACGUCACUGCUCAUCGUUGAGCCCACCAGCCAGGCCGUUAUUGCCAUAACUUUUGCCAACUACAUCGUACAGCCCAUCUUCCCUUCUUGCCAGCCUCCUUAUGUUGCUUGUCGUCUCAUCGCGGCUGCUUGUAUAUGUCUUCUAACGUUUAUAAAUUGUGCCUAUGUUAAAUGGGGAACAAGGGUGCAGGAUGUAUUCACCUAUGUCAAAGUUCUUGCCCUUAUUGUCAUCAUCGUAACGGGAAUUGUUAAACUAUGCCAGGGAUACUCGCAACACUUUCAGGAUUCUUUUGCGGGAUCGUCUUGGAACCUUGGGGGCAUUUCUCUUGCCCUCUACUCUGCCUUGUUUUCCUACUCAGGUUGGGACACCCUCAAUUUUGUAACCGAAGAAAUAAAAAACCCUGAAAGGAACCUGCCACUGGCAAUUGCAGUUUCUAUGCCGAUUGUAACAGUUAUCUACAUCUUGACCAAUAUUGCCUACUAUACAGUGUUGGAUAUGAAUGCUGUGCUUGCUAGUGAUGCAGUGGCAGUGACAUUUGCUGAGCAGGUGUUUGGUGUAUUCAGCUGGACAAUUCCGAUUGCUGUGGCCUUCUCUUGUUUUGGUGGACUUAAUGCAUCUAUUUUAGCAUCCUCAAGGCUGUUCUUUGUGGGAUCCCGGGAGGGUCACCUUCCUGACCUCUUGUCAAUGAUCCAUAUUGGGAGGUUCACACCCGUGCCUGCACUUCUCUUCAAUUGUUCGAUGAGCCUCAUAUACUUGACUGUAAAAGACGUCUUCCAGCUUAUUAACUACUUCAGCUUCAGCUAUUGGUUUUUUGUGGGGCUCUCAAUAGCCGGGCAGCUCUACCUCCGUUGCAAGGAACCCGAUCGACACCGGCCACUCAAGUUGAGCCUCUUUUUCCCAAUAGUCUUCUGCAUGUGCUCACUCUUUCUGGUGCUCGUACCACUCUACAGUGACACCAUUAAUUCCCUGAUUGGCAUUGGCAUUGGGCUUUCUGGGAUUCCCGUCUACUUCGUGGGAAUUUACUUGCCUGCUUCCAAAAGACCUCUCUUUGCCAGGAAGGUUUUAGGUGGUGUCACUCGAGCCACUCAGCUGCUUUGUUACUGUGUUCUGACCGAAAUGGAUACACUUGAAGAAGAACCACAGACCAAGUCUCAGUAAAGAAGCAAAACCGAGUUGGCUGGCUGCACGAGAGGCUGUGGGCCCAUUCAAAGCAUCACUGGACUCAGGAAUACUUCUUUAACUGGGAUUCUUGGCUGAUCAUACUGUGUCAUGAUCUAGCGUUUGGUUUGCGUUUGGCUUGGUUUAAAGGAGCAUUUCUUUCGCCGUGAAACGGAGUGUCUUGGUCAGAGAGCUCAGAAAUCAAAUUGAACAAGCAGGUGGCAGGAAACAGACUUUGCCAGUUCCAAGUUACUUGAGUUUAAAAGGCACCAACUGUCCUCUCAGCCUAUCGUUGAUUCACUCGUUUGUGUGAAGUAGAUUCUGGAAAUCUUUAUGGCUGGCUGGAUGUUCCUGACAAACUGUGGCAUCAAAGAGGUUGAAUCUGACAGAAGACUGCUGCUUUUUCGCUUCCAUUUAAAGGCAGAGCAUGUUGGAUAGCGACUCACAUAUUGCUCACACAUCAUUCACAUGAAACAAGGUUUUUUCCCCCUUUUUAAAAGAAUUAAACAAGUGUAAUUUCGCAUUUCUAAGCUGAAGGAAAAGCUACCCAAUUUUGUUUUUUGGGGGGUUGCAAAUUGGAACUUCCAAAUGAUCAUAGUCAAAUAGUAGCAUCUUAAAGCAAACGUUGAUCUUAUCCGGACCGAGAUUGGCUGACCGGUUUGGCAUUUCCCCCAACGCUAUUUAUUUAUUUUAUAUUUGAGAUCUUUAGUGCUUCAGAGACCUUUCAUAUCCCACAAGGACUUGGUCGGGCAGAACCCUUCUGCAGCACCAUGCAAAAUGGAAUUAGCCGGAUUGCUAUGUAGGAGCAGGGAGUGAAGAGAGCUUCUUCAAGUACCUGAUUCCCGUUCCGAGAUUAUGUGCUGUGUUCACUGAGGAGAUUUCCAGAGCUUUUGCUUCCCUGAGAUACACUGUGCGGGGCGGGGGGGGGGGAGGAGUAUUUGAACUUCUUUGGCUGUUGAGAAACCGGAGGUGAAGGGACCUUAGCUUCUAUGCAUAUUAUUGACUGUUUUAAACACUCGUUUUGUCUGGCUCAGUUUUCCAUUGUGGGUUUGCCUGUCUCCCCCACACAGGAAGCACAGACCCAAAUUCUGACAGCAACCUUGCAUUGCUAUGGAGGCCAUGGAGCCUUCUCAGCACCCUGCCAGCGUUUGACUUGUCAGCAGCCACUGGAGGGUUUGUCUUCUCCUUGCCUCCCUCGGUUUAUGGUGGUGGCAGCUAGUAUGUGCAGCAUCACUGAAGCAAUGGGGCCAGACGCACUAGCAGUGGCACUUUCACCGAUUCCAAGCCUGUCUAGGGAAGUAAAUAUGCCUCAAGGAAGGUGCUCUGCAUAGAUUGUGGGAGGUCCCCUCCACUGUUCCCUCUAACAGGGAUUUCCAGAUGUUGUUGACUACAACUCCCAGCAUCCCCAGCCUCAGUGGCCUUUGGCUGGGGAUUAUGGGAGUUGUAGUCAACAACAUCUGUCCCGCACCCCACCACGCUCCUCAUGCAACCUGUCGGAUGCUUCCUAGUGUUAAAUAAUUAUUAAAAGCAAAUGUUUCUGCUGAGGCACUGGCCAAAGGGUUUAGAAUAGAGGAACUCUCUUUUUCCAUGGACAGUUCUAGUCACUUUUACAUGAGCAACUGAACCUAGCCUGCGGGUGAAUACUUUAUUAUUCAAAAUUAAAGAUCUCCCAAACUUGAAAUGACUGUCUACAUGUUAGUUUAAAUGUGGUAGUGCAUUGCCCUAGAAAUGAACUGAAGAGUACAUACUUGAAGAAAAAAUAUUCAGAUAUAUACAUCUGAAUAAAUGUCCCAUUUGGGACUCAAAAGAUUUAAAGCUACAUAAAUAAGGCCUGUGUGAUGGCAAAAUUGGGGACUUGGCUAACACAAAGGUUUUUAUUACUUCGGUGGUUUAAAAUGGGCUAUCUCAUCCAUUUGUCUAGACAGUAGUGUAAUGGCCUUAAAAAAAAAAACACUGUAGAAAACCUGUCUUUAUUUUGUAUUUCUGUAUCCCAAAUUAUUUUAUUGAUCUUUAGAUAAAACUAAUGAUUUAAAAUGACUUCUUCCAAUCUAUAUAUUGAAAUGAAAAAUCAGACUUUUUAUUCCACUAACAAUUCUCUUUGAUGUGUGCCACAACAAUCCUCAGUUUAGAACCUUUAGGUUCUGAUCUGAUGUAAACCAGCAAUUCUUAUUUCAAGUAUAGUAAAAUGGUGAUGACUUGGGAAAUUACAUUUAACCAUAAUGUAACCUACCCACCCCCAAAUCUCCCUUCAUUGUGUAAUAGUGGCAAUCAUGUUUGUGAACUUUCAUCUGGAUUAUUAUUGCACUCUAGUAAACUAACUUUGUUUAUAAAGGACUACUUUGUAUAGCAGUUGAUCCAUCCAACUGGUUGUAACAACAAUGCAAUCUUUUAUACAACUUUGGUGUGUGUAGGAACUCUGCAGGGGAAGAAAAGGAAACAUCCACUGUGUGGGAAUAAAAUAUUUACAUGUU